GGCGGCGUGGGCGAGGGAGGCGGGGAAGAAGGAUCGGGUUCGCGCCGCUCUAUUGCGCUCCCUCGCGCACUCUCUGGCAUCAUGGCGGGCGUGGAGGAGGCAGAGGCCUCCGGGAGCCACCUGAAUGGCGACCUGGACCCAGACGACAGGGAAGAGGGAGCGGCUUCUACGGCUGAGGAAGCAGCCAAGAAAAAGAAACGGAAGAAGAAGAAGAGUAAGGGGGCUGUUGCAGGGCAGCAGGAACCUGAUAAAGAAUCAGGAGCCACUGUGGAUGAGGUAGCAAAACAGUUGGAAAGACAAACAUUGGAGGAGAAAGAAAAAGAUGAUGAUGAUGAAGAUGGAGAUGGCGAUGGAGACGGAGCAACUGGAAAGAAGAAGAAGAAGAAGAAGAAGAAGAGAGGACCAAAAGUUCAGACAGACCCUCCCUCGGUGCCGAUCUGUGACCUGUAUCCCAGCGGCGUGUUCCCGAAGGGACAGGAGUGCGAGUACCCACCCACGCAGGACGGGCGAACAGCUGCUUGGAGAACUACAAGUGAAGAAAAGAAAGCAUUAGAUCAGGCUAGUGAAGAGAUUUGGAAUGAUUUUCGAGAAGCUGCGGAAGCACAUCGACAAGUUAGAAAAUACGUUAUGAGCUGGAUCAAGCCUGGGAUGACAAUGAUAGAAAUCUGUGAGAAGUUGGAAGACUGUUCACGCAAGCUCAUAAAAGAGAACGGCUUGAAUGCAGGCCUGGCCUUUCCGACUGGGUGUUCUCUCAAUAACUGUGCCGCCCACUACACGCCCAACGCAGGCGACACCACAGUAUUGCAGUACGAUGACAUCUGUAAGAUUGACUUUGGAACGCAUAUAAGUGGUAGGAUUAUUGACUGUGCUUUUACUGUCACCUUUAAUCCCAAAUAUGAUAUAUUAUUAAAAGCUGUAAAAGAUGCCACUAAUACUGGAAUAAAGUGUGCUGGCAUUGAUGUUCGUCUCUGUGAUGUUGGGGAGGCCAUCCAGGAAGUUAUGGAAUCCUACGAAGUAGAAAUAGAUGGGAAGACAUAUCAAGUGAAGCCAAUUCGCAAUCUGAACGGACACUCGAUUGGGCCAUACAGAAUACAUGCGGGGAAGACCGUGCCCAUCGUGAAGGGCGGGGAGGCGACCAGGAUGGAGGAAGGAGAAGUGUAUGCCAUUGAAACCUUUGGUAGUACAGGAAAAGGCGUUGUUCAUGAUGACAUGGAGUGUUCACAUUACAUGAAAAAUUUUGAUGUUGGACACGUGCCAAUAAGGCUUCCAAGAACAAAACACUUGUUAAAUGUCAUCAAUGAAAACUUUGGCACCCUCGCCUUCUGCCGCAGAUGGCUGGAUCGCCUAGGAGAAAGUAAAUACCUGAUGGCGCUGAAGAAUCUGUGUGACUUGGGCAUCGUAGACCCGUACCCACCCCUGUGUGACAUUAAAGGGUCAUACACAGCGCAGUUUGAACACACCAUACUGCUGCGUCCCACCUGCAAAGAAGUCGUCAGCAGAGGAGAUGACUAUUAAACACAGUCCAAAGCCACCUCAGCACCGUUAUUUUCUAAGCUUUGUUGGAAUACAUUAUACCAGAAUUAACUUGCAACGUGCUGUCUGUUUUAACAGUGGACCUGUGUAAUAAAUACUCUACCCAUGUUUAAAAGAAUUUGAUUUUGAUCAGAGGCAAACCGUCUAAUGUAAUUAACCAAGGAAAAGGCUUUCAGGACUUUCAAAUGCUACCUGUCUCCUUCCUGUCUAGGAAAUGCUCUACAGCUCAUAUUAGUUAGGAAUGACUACACGUUUUGUUUGGAACACCUAAGUCAUACUUUUUGGAUAUUUAUAUUGCCAUAUUCUUACUUGAAUGCUUUGAAUGACUGACUACAUCCACUUCUGCACCUAUGCCCUCUGGUAUUGCUUUUUAACCUUCCUGGAAUCCAUUUUCUAAAAAAUAAAGACAUUUUCAGAUCUAAGAGCUACAUUGCAAUGUCUGUGGUUAUAAUUGUGAACAGGAAGUAGCUAUCCAAUGUGGGCUUUUAUCUGGACUGAAGACAUCUACACUGACACAUUCUUCUGGCUUAGUAGGUAAAACGAUCUUCUUGUGCAUAAAGUGGGACAAUCUUUUCUUUAUAAGCGAUGACAGAGCUUUAGGAAUAUUUUAACUUUUUUUUGUGGUACCGGAGAUCGAACUUGGGACCUUGCGGUUGCGAGGCAGGUGGCAGAACCACUGAGCUAAAUUCCUGGCCCUUAACUUUCUUAUUAGUACCCAUCUUUGAUUUCUUCCCUGACAUUGGAAAGCUGUACUAACUGAAACAUGACUUAGUAGGAACAUUGUGCUAACUUGAAAAAGUUUAAUGUAGUAAAAAUCUCAACAUUUUAAUCCUUGCUCCAGUAGUAGUAGUAUUUGUUAAGAAAUAUAUUCAUUUUAGUCAAAAAAAUUCCAAGAGCUUUAAAGACACAAAAGCAAGGAAAAAACAGGCAAACUUUCCAUGUUUUGAGCUUGUUCUAGUUAGAAAGGUUAGAUUGAAGGGCCUAGGCCUUAGCAUUAGAGAGCCUGGUGCCAGUCUGGGUUCCCACCCUCUCCUUAGGGCAGCUGUGUCAGGUGUGUAACACUGAUGUCUAACAGCCCUGCUACUGAUUCUUCUGUUGCUUGAGUAUGUGGUCUAUCAGGAAUGUUCCAACGAAAUUUCAAAAUUGUCAUGUGCCAAGGUAAAGCCUUAAUUUGUACAUGCUUUAGCACAAUGAGAUUUUAUUGCCUCUGGGAUGCUGUUUGUUCUGUAUUGUUUAAUGUUUUUCUCUUGAGAAACCUGUGACUUCAUGUACCUAAAUCAUUUGUUACAUUGAAGAGCUGCUCGUUCCUCAUUAGAGCUGUAAAUGAAUGGUAUCUUCUAGGGAAAACAACCUAGAUCUUAGCUGUCUGAGCUGUUCAUCAUGGUGCUAAUGUCCAGUGGCCCCCUUGGAAUGCUUUGUCCAUUUUCUGUGACGCCAGAGCUCAGAAGUUUAUGCCUGGAUUUAUUGUUUUCUAAACCCAGGAUUUAAAAAGACCCCUGAAUGGAGACUUGGAGCUUUCCUAGUCUCUCUUGGCAGUCAGCAGUAACCUUUCUCAGAUAAGUGCCCGGGAUGGCCAGAAGGGAAGGUUCUGUACAUAGGGAAGCUGUCACCUGAGGGAAAUCUGUGUUUGCCUACUAGCCAUGUAUCUCUUGGAAUCAUUCUGUUAUGUUUACAAAGAUGUACCUUAUUGGCAACAAAUUAUUAGUUUGAUGUUUAACAAUAGUGCCUUUAGUAAAUUAUUGUACAACCAAAACGUCGUUUUUUGUUAGAUCAACAUAGAAUGUACAAGUCCAUGUUGAGACUUGGGAUAUUUAGUAAGCAAUCUAAAUUUCUGUUAAUCAUUUAGGUUAGAUGCAUAAUUUAGUGGAAAACACAUUUCCCAUAUUCCGUGGCCCCUCCAACACCUCCCCCUUCCCCACAGCUAUUAGUAUGAUUUUACACUGAAAUAAACAGAGGCAAUUAUGCCAUUGCAGACAA